AAGUUGAAAAAAACCGCAGAAUAUGCUUUUCUCUGCUCAUCAAAUUAUCCUUUUCCUCUCUUCCUUCACCGCUUUUCUUCCUUUCUUCUUCUUCUUCCAAACAUUCUCUCUCUAAAUUCUAAUCACACUUUCUUAUUCUAAUCCCUAUUCUUAACCUCUUACUUCUUCAUUAUCAUCGAUCAAAAUUCAGCGUAAACUUGUUCGUUUGUUUGUUAGUUAGUUAUGGAGCUUGUAACUGCAAGCGAUCUUUUUGUAACCGCUUCCUUAGCGCUGCUUCUCUCUCUUCUUGUUGCCAAGCUUGUUUCCAUGGCCAUGGCUUCUGAUCCUAACACUCACAAUUCACAUCAUCAACAACAACAACAAACCCUUGUGACUCUGCAGCAGGAACGGUUAACGGUUCAGAAGCCUCAUAGUGAGAGAAAGGUGGAGUUUCUGAGUCCAAUUCAGAUUUCGACGAAUGUCGAGACAGCUCGGAACAGGGAAGAAGAGUCUAAGGUUGAAAUUGAGUCCAGAGUUGUUGAUUUUGGAGUUGAAGCCUUAUCAACCAUUGCUGAGUUGAGCGAGGAACACGUGGCGGCAGCGGAGGAGGCGGCAGAAGAAGAAGAAGGAGAGGUCAUUGAGACCAAUGGCGACAGUGAAGAAUUUGAUCCUCGUGAAGCAGUUGAGGAUUCUAUGGAACAGAGGAAAACAGAACCAGUGGAGGAUUUUGAAGAACAGAAAGAAACAGAACCUGUGAAAGAUUCUGAAGAGCAAAGAGAAACAGAGGAUUGUGAGGAGCAGAGAGAAGAAGAAUGCUUGCAAGUUUGUGAAGAACAGAGAGAAACAGAGUGUUGUGAAGAACAGAAAGAUUGUUCCGAAGAUUGUGAAGAACAGAGGAAAACAGAGGGAAUCACGGUCGAACCGUUCGAUGAUGAUGGUUGGGAAGGGAUUGAAAGGAGUGAAUUGGAGAAGGAAUUCAUAUCGGCUUCCGAAUUCGUGGUUGGUGGAGGUGGUAAUGGUUUAGGAAGUGAUGUGCUAAUGGAGUUGUAUGGUCUUCACAAAGUUGCAACAGAGGGUCCUUGUCAUGAACCUCAACCAAUGCCUCUCAAGCUCAAUGCACGUGCAAAGUGGAAUGCUUGGCAAAAGCUGGGAAACAUGACUCCGGAUGCUGCAAUGGAGAAGUAUAUCAGCGUUCUUUCGGAUAAAGCUCUCGGGUGGAUCAAAGAUACUUCGGAUGGAACAAUUGAACUUGAACCAAAAGGGUCAGAGGUUUCUGAGUUUGCUGUUCCUGAAUCGAGCACAUCUUUGUCUCAUCCACAAAUGACCAUAAAUGAAAGGGAACUUGAACAUGAAUCUGGUGCCCAAGAUCAUAGCACACCUGCAGAGACAGAGAAGAACAAUAUUUAUUUCAGCAACUAGAAUUCUUCUCAAGUAUAUGCAAGCUAGCUUAGCAUGGAAAUUUUCAGGUUAAGAAAUGAUGGAACCUUUCUGCUCAAAUCUCAUGCCAUAUGGCAUUUUCCAACAUUUAUCUCUGCAAAAUGAAGACUGAUUCCAAGAUUGGAAGUUUGUUUUGAAGUGAUGCAAGAUUCUUGGGGUGUUUGCUUUCUCAUUUGUUCCUUAAGGCGUGUGCUGAAAAUGAAGUAUUGUUAAAUUGGAAGUGUUAAUACACAUUGUAAAUAAAUAAAUGCAUGUAUAUAUGAAUUAGUAGUA